AUGGUAGAGGAAGCUCGAGAGCGACAAGCAUACUUCCAGGCCGAGGAAGAUAGGUCCCGCGUUGAACUGGUACAGAAGACAGAGCAGCAACGUUAUAUCAUGGAGAAGCGACAACAAUACAUGGCCAGGCUUCAAAACUGUUGCGAAAAUAGUCGGUCUGGGCUCCUUUUGGUCGCAAACUCUCUCGAACAACAGGAGAGUGAGUGUAGAGCAGCUAUGGCCACAUGUCAAGAUGCUGUACAUCAUUCAAAGAUUGGGCAAAGCCUAUGGCGUAAAAUUGAACAGUACAAUCUGCGGGAAGGUCAAUUGGCAGAGGAGCAGGACCGACGAGAUCGACAGGAGGUACAUGAUCGUCAACAAGCUGCUCUCCGUCGUCUUGAUCUACCGAUUGUUGCAGCUACUGAGCCAGCUACUCUGGCUAUCGAUCAUCCACUGACUUCCCGAACGACUCAACGAUCUGUUGAGAAUCCGACCUCGAUUGAUGCUCGAGACGUCGGGUACCGUGCCGUCGGGACCCGUAUUCUAACGUCGAUGUUCUGCGACUCCGUGGAUCGUCGUACAAUUUUCCAAGAUGAUACCUGCGCCUGCUGCCUGAGCAGUAUUCUUCACCUUGAUGGUGGGAAUCUUGUUGUUACAUCAUGUCGCCAUAUCUUCCAUGAGGAGUGUUUGGAUAUGUGGGUGAACGACUCCGCUAUGUUGAUGUCCAACUGUUGCCCAGUUUGUCGCUUUGAGAUGUAUCAACCUCGUGAACGUUGCGGUAGCUGCACAUUCGAGGAUGCCAUGCAAUCAAAGUUGAGAUUCAUUUGUGACGUCACGCUGCGGAGCCUUGCAUCGUUCUGUUUCCUGUAUUAUUUUGGUGUCCCAUAG